AUGGAUGCUAUGCUAACAGUUCUCCUUCUUGGAGCUGGUUUCGUUACCCGCCCUACUGCUGAGAUCCUCAGCGACGCCGACAUCUCGGUCACUGUUGCCUGCCGUACCCUCGACUCGGCCAAGAAGCUCUGCGAAGGCCUCAAGAACUGCAGCCCCAUCUCCCUCGAUGUCAAUGACUCGGCCGCCCUCGAGCAUGAGGUUGGCAAGAACGCCGUUGUCAUCAGUUUGAUCCCCUACACCUACCACGCCACCGUCAUCAAGGCUGCUAUCAACCAGAAGAAGCACGUCGUCACCACGUCAUAUCUCGAUGCCGCUGCCAAGGAGGCCGGUAUCACCGUCAUGAACGAGAUUGGUCUCGACCCCGGUAUCGACCACCUUUACGCUGUCAAGACCAUCGAUGAGGUCCACAAGGCCGGUGGAAAGAUCACCAGCUUCCUCAGCUACUGCGGUGGUCUGCCCGCCCCCGAGUGCAGUGACAACCCUCUUGGUUACAAGUUCUCAUGGAGCAGCCGUGGCGUCCUGCUCGCUCUUCGCAACCAGGCCAAGUACUUCCAGGAUGACAAGAUUGUCGAUGUUGCUGGUCCCGAACUCAUGGCCACUGCUAAGCCAUACUUCAUCUACCCUGGCUACGCAUUCGUCGCCUACCCCAACCGUGACUCCACUCCUUACAGAGAGCGCUACGCCAUUCCCGAGGCCGAGACCAUCAUCCGUGGUACCCUGCGCUACCAGGGCUUCCCCGAGUUCAUCAAGACUCUGGUCGACAUGGGCUUCCUGGAAGACACCGAGCAAGAGUUCCUCAAGCCCCACCCCGAAGCCCCUGCUCUCACCUGGAGGGAGGCCACCGCCCAAGUUCUGGGCAGCAGCAGCCACACCGAGGAGGACCUUGUCUGGGCCAUCAGCUCCAAGACCAGCUUCGCCGACAACGACCAGAAGGCGCGUAUCAUCAACGGCCUCAAGUGGAUCGGACUCUUCUCGGACGAGAAGAUUGAGCCCCGCAACAACCCUCUCGAUACUCUCUGCGCCACUCUCGAGAAGAAGAUGCAAUACGAAGAGGGCGAGCGCGAUCUCGUUAUGCUCCAGCACCGCUUCGGCAUCACUCACGCCAAUGGCAUGAAGGAGGUCCGCACAUCGACUCUGGUCGAGUACGGUAACCCCAAGGGUUACAGUGCUAUGGCCAAGUUGGUCGGUGUUCCCUGUGCCGUUGCCGUUCUCCAGGUUCUCGAUGGCAAGAUCACACAAAAGGGUGUUCUUGCUCCCAUGAGCCCCGAGAUCGUCGAGCCUUUGAGACUCGAACUCAAGGAGAAGUACGGCAUCGAGAUGAAGGAGAAGACUCUGUAA